AUGCGGCGCUUUCAAUCUAUCAAGUUAGAAUGGGGACUUCCCAAAUUUCUUCCUCAUAAAGCAUUCAAAGAGGCCUCUAACGGAUACCUUAUCGAUGACAAAUGUGUCUUUGGAGCUGAGAUAUUUGUCGUCCAAAGGCAAACAAUUGGUGAAUGCUUGUCCGUGGAAAAAUCUAAUGACAAAUUUAAGCGCGAGUGGAAGAUUAGUAAUUUCUCAAACCUAGGGAAAGAUUUGUUAUCUGAAGAAUUUACUGUGGGAGAUCACAAAUGGAAGCUCUGGUUAUUUCCUAAAGACAAUGAAAAAUACGUCUCGAUAUUUUUAGUUUCUGUUGAUUCCAAGGAUUUUGAUCACCAUCAAAAAGUGAAGGCAAAUUACAGCUUCUGCAUUAAAGAUCAGAUAAGUGGUGAAUGUGAUAAGCGAUUAUCUAGUAAGAUAAUUCCACCAACUUUCUUUCUAAUGACACUUGUUUGUCGAAGUCAGGAUAAUUGA